CGCACAGCCCCGGCGGGCACCGCCUUCUCAGCCGGCUGAGUGGCGUUGACGCGUGAGGAAGGCUGGCUCGGGUCGCGGCCGCGGCGAGUUACAUCGUUUUCCAGUCUGUCCGCGUCCGCCGCCGCCCGUGACAGAGCCAGGAUGUUCGGGAUGCUGAGCAGCAGCUUUGAGGAUGAUCCCUUCUUCUCUGAUUCUUUUAUUGCACACCGAGAAAGUAUGCGACAGAUGAUGAGAAGUUUUUCUGAACCUUUUGGAAGAGACUUGCUCAGCAUCUCUGAUGGUAGAGGAAGAGCUCAUAAUCAUAUGAGACAUGAUGAUGGUGAAAAUUCCUUGACUGCAAUGAAUUCUCUUGUGCCUUUUGGCAGUUUUGGUGGUAUGCGUACAGAUGUCAACCCUUUUCAGGCAAUGGACCGAAUGAUGUUAAAUAUGCGAAACAGUAUGCAGGAAAUACAAAGAAACUUUGGUCACCUUUCAGUGGAUCCAAAUGGACAUUCAUUUAGUUCUUCCUCAGUUAUGACUUAUUCCAAAGUAGGAGAUGAACCACCAAAGGUUUUCCAGGCCUCAACUCAAACCCGUAGGGCUCCAGGAGGAAUAAAGGAAACUAGGAGAGCAAUGAGAGAUUCUGAUAGUGGACUAGAAAAAAUGGCUAUUGGUCAUCAUCUUCAUGACCGAGCUCAUGUCAUUAAAAAGUCAAAGAACAACAAGACUGGAGAUGAAGAGGUCAAUCAAGAGUUCAUCAAUAUGAAUGAAAGUGAUGCUCAUGCUUUUGACAAUGAGUGGCAAAAUGAGAUUUUGAAGUACAAACCAGUGGGACAAUGGCGCAAUGUAGAAAACCCUAGGAUGCGAAGUGUUGGUCAUGAGAAUUCAGGCUGCCGAGAACUUAAAAGAAGAGAGAAACAUCAAAGUCCAGCCAUUGAACGUGGAAGGAGAUCAAAUGUUUUUGUGGACAAACUCAACAUCAAAGGAUCACCUGUGAAAAUCAACAAAAAAUAAAUAGCCUUGCAUUUGAUAUGUUUAGUUUUGAUUGUUUUAACAGAGAAAGUAAUGGUGCUGGAUUAUACACAUAAGACCAAUCUCUUGUUAAAUCAGUACUGUACUUAACUUUCUUCUGAUAUCUGAAUGUUCUUGGAUGUGCUAGCUUUAUAUUGUCCGUACUUUAGGAAUAAAACUUUGAUUUUCAACAACUUAA